AUGGGGGACGAUAGCUCGGACAAGGGCCCAGACAAAGAGCCCAAAUGGGAUCAAGCAGGGCAAGGCUGGUCUCUCCCGAGACCCACGGGGUCAUGCUCCGAACCAGGAUGCGUUGAGUACGGAUCCACUCCUGAUUUAGGCGCAAACGAGCCUAGUGCCGCAGGCUCGACUUCACUUGCCGCGGCGGAAGAUUGGAGCAACGUCGCUGGCGUUGACGAUGAUUUUGAUAACGCUGACGACGACGACAACGACGACAACGUCGAGGACCUGGAGUUUGUGCACCAAGGCGCGAGCGAGUUCGCUUCUGAGGGUGUCGAUGUGGACGGGACGUCAACGCAGACGCGGUCGAAAGGUCGCCAGCGCCCGGCGAACCAGCGUUCCAGGAUUAGUCGGCGUAGCAGACGCUACGACCCGCUUCCCCAGCAACCGGAUGGUGUUGUGGUACGCCGAAGAAAGGAGCCUGCGAAAGUUGAGAACGCCACACAGGGAAACUUUGGUUUGUUCGCACACCAGGAAACUGCCGCAGGAGACAACACGCUGGAGAUUGAGCCCGCACCCGAGGAUGCUCCUUCCGAAGGUGUCCCUAUCCGAGGCCAGGAUCCAAACGAGCUGGCUCCAUUCGAUCACGCCGAAACGCUGGAUUUAGAGCAAGGUGUCACCCAUGAACCAGUGCUUUUUAACGCAGCAGUACGUCCAAAGCGAUGGACUUGGAAGCGUCUCUGGAGGCGGCUUUUUCGAUGGCGGCGACCGCUGGACCCCACAACGAGCGGGAGCGCGCUCACGCCCCAGCCCUAUGACGCGCUGCGCAGGGAGCCGGGGCCCUCAAACAACCCUGCGGAUGUCGAGUUGGACCCAGAGGAUGAAGAAGGUCCAGAAAUGCUCAGCGCAGCCAUUGGUGACUUUUUGUCGGCACAGUACAGCUGGGAAAUCCACGCGCAUCGACUGGUGUCGCAGCCGGAUCAAUCCUAUGCCAUUGCAGUGAAUCGAGAAGCGCUGGAGCGCAAGGAGCAGCUCCGUACCGAAGAGCAGCGUCAAGCUGCAGAGCAAUCUCGGCUGCGCAUGGCAGCGAUGCAGUUCCGUUCGCUCUUCAUCAGGGACGCUUCGCAUGACGAGGCCAUGGCAACCGGUGAUCCCGACGCUUUCGACUUGAGUGUUGCUGAGCUUGAAAUGCAUGAGAGACGCGUUCGCGCGUUUCGAAUUCUGCUGCUCUUUGAUGCGAUCUUUUUUGUCUUGCUUAGCAUUACUUGGCUUGAUGCGCUGAUUGCGCACGACGUCAGCAAUCUGCAGAGCACUAUAAUUGACGGAGUCGUGUGUGGCACCAACAUCGUCAUUGACAUUAUAGGCCUUCGUGCCGUCAGCGUCCAGUCUGCCAGGUGGCUUGGCGUCUUCAUCGCGCUCUACUGGAUAUCUCUGAUCGGUACCAUUAUUGCGAUUCCGCUACUGCCACUGAUUCCGUUGCUGAGAUUCCUUUUGCUGCCCAUGGCUGCGGCCAUCAAACAGUUCAUCGAAUUUCAGGAACGGCAACAACAGCAGCUUCAAAAUCAAGCAAUGAUUUUCGUCUAG